AAGAUGGCUUCCACGUUUGGGGACCUAGAGGAGAUUUACGCGCCAAGCGCUGCAGAUCUCUUAGCCUUCUCUUUUUUAUUAUUAUGGAUAGUACUAGCAUUAUUUCAGUUAAUAUCUAUAGCAACAGCUAAGAUUCACCUUCAUAAAUCUACUCCCGCUGUCAAUAAUAAAGAACUUCCGGGGGUUUCAAUCUUGAAGCCUUUGGUCGGAGAUGAGCCUAAUCUGAUAAAAAAUCUUCAAGGCUUUUUCGAACUAAAUUACCCUAAGUAUGAGAUCCUUGUUUGUGUGCAAGAUGAACUGGAUCCCGCAGUCAAAAUUGUACGUCAACUUAUGGAAGCAUAUCCUCUGGUGAAUUCGAGAUUAUUUACGGCUGCAAAGACAAUUGGUGUGAAUCCAAAAAUUAACAACAUGAACCAAGGUUACAAGGCAGCAAAAUAUGACCUGCUAUGGAUCUGUGACAGUAAUAUUAAAGUUCAUCAAGGCACUCUUCAAGAGUUAGUUUCUCAUAUGGGACCAGGAGUAGGAAUGGUUCAUCAGUUACCCUUUGUUGCCAACUGUAUGGAUUUUGCUGCAUGUGUUGAUAAGGUUUACUUUGGAACACAACAUGCAUUUGUGUACUUGCUAGCUUAUUGCUUUGGUCUACUAUGUGCAAAUGGCAUGUCAAGUCUAUACAGCAAGCCACUUCUGGAUGAACUAGGUGGCCUUGAAGUGUUUUCUUGCUACAUAGCAGAGGAUUACUUUAUGUCGAAGGCAAUAUAUAAAAGAGGUAUGAAAGUUGUUCUGAGCUCUGACCCAGCUAUACAGAAUCCAAGUACAUACUCUCUUGUCAGAUUUCAGCAACGAAUGAUCAGAUGGACCAGGCUGCGUCUGACAAUGGAACCUUUCCCUGCAGUGUUUGAACCUUUUACAGAGAGUCCCAUUAUUGGUUUGAUGUCAUGUUGGGCUGUGUGGCAUUUGUGGGAAAUCAGCUUCAUACUAUUUUUUGUUGAACAUCUUGCUGUCUCAUUUUUGUUGGACUACAUCUUACUUAGAUAUAUUCAAGGGCCAAACAAUUCCUUGCCACCAAUAUGGAAGCUGUUUCUGGCUUGGCUUUUUAGAGAGUAUUCCUUUCUCAUAUUUUUUCUUCAAGCAGCUUGUGGCCGUGAAAUUGAAUGGCGGACUUCACAUUUUGUGCUGAAGCUGGGUGGUAAGGCUGAGAGACUCCAAGAAAAAUGUCAAAAUAUCAAUAAUCACUGCUGUUGACUGAACAUGUUGACUGAUCAUUAGUUGUAAUAUGACUUUAUUUAAGUUGUGCCAUUUUGGACAAAAGUAUUGCUGUGGCCAUCAUUUUAUCUGUUUUGCUCUGCCACAUAAUUUGUUAAGGCCUUAGCUGGCAUCUAUCUUCAUCUUUCCCCCAAGAUGCAGAUUGUAGGUUGGUUAUUUGAUUUAAAUGAGUCAAAUGGGGAAAACUUCUUGAAUGAAAUGCUCAUCAAAAGGGUUUCAUGAAAUGUGUUGUUCAGAAUAUAUCUGUUCAUAAAGAGGAGUAUUUCUCAAUAAUAGGAUAACUUCCUCCUAUGGUAUAUUUCAGUGUUAGUAUAUACUGUCCUUCAGUGAUUACUAGCUUUUAAAGACUCCCACCUUCCCUCUCUCAGAAGUUUAAAUUUUUGCUCCUCUGUUCAACUUAUUUAUAAUUAUUGAUCAAAUUGUCAUUUUACUGAGAUCAUCAAUUCCUACUUAGACUGCUAAAUAAUGAAUGGACUUCUGUGCAGUCAAAGUCCCUCUCAUUACAUUAUUUUACUAUUAAGCUUAUGGGGAUAUUUUUUCAUUUUCAUAAAAUUCAAGCAGUUUCUCUUUUGUCUAUUACAUAAUGAAGUGUUUAUUUGGAUGUAGUUUUGUUGUCUUUUUUAUUUAUUCACUACCUAGGUUUUUUUGUCUGUCUUUCCUGCCUGUUUAACAAAAGAGAAUCUGCCAAUUGAUUGUGAAACAGGAAUUUAUGAGUUACUAGUACUUUUACACCUUGCCUAUGUAGGAACAGUUUUAACAUAAACUUUUCUUUCCAAUACUUUGGCAAAAAUAUCUAUUUGCCUAGAGCAGGAUGGAUAGCUUACCAGGGCAAGCUGAUUCAAGCUGCUUGGAAUCAUUUAAGGCAAAUUAAUUAAAUACCAGUUUUAUCAACACAUUUAAUAACAGAUUAACUUGAACACAGUUAUGAUUUCAGUCUGUGAAUGAUAUUACAAUUAUUGAGAAAUGAAAAGGGGGGACUAUGGAACAUGGAAUUUGCAUCAGUUUUUAAUUGGUAUGGAUUGUGAAAAAGUGUAUUUAUUAUUAAGGUGAAUUUCACAACUAUAGGAGAAACUCCCUUUUUAUUUAUUAAUUAAUAAUUGUAAAAUAAUUUAACUUGUCAUUUUAAUAAAUUAUUUCCCUAUCGAUGGUCUCUUCAUAUAGGGGUUUUCAAUUAGAAAUUCAGAUACAAUGCAUUCAAUUUGUUGUAAGAAAAGAAACAGUUGACUUCAGCCUUUUCAACCUUAUUUGAAUUGUGUUGAUGGAAUAACUGGUAGACUUAAUUUGGAAUUUCAAAUGCUUUGAGCAGAAAUUGUAAUAACUGCUAAAGAGAUCGUGAAUAAAUGUGGUAUGUAACUACAUGACCAAGAAAUUAAAGCAAACAAUUAUAACCUCUAUGUUUGAUGUAAGAUUUGGACGCACACUCUUAUGUUCGGAGAAACUAUUUAUCUAUCAUUUGUUGGUUUAAGCAUUGUAAUGAAAUGCAACUUUAGUUUCAAAUAAUAUUUUGUCAUUUUAUUUUAAAGCCGUUUCUUAUUUUAACAACUGGCUUUCUUAUUUUGAAAUUGGAUUGGUUGUCAAUGAAUGCUUUCAGUGGUUUGUUUUGAACUUUAAUUUUACUCGGGUUUGGUCUGAGUCAAUAUGUAUCUUGUUUUACUUGCCAUUUUUUAAUCAGUGGGGAAGUCAGACACUUUCGAAGGUUUUAUUGACCUUAAGCACACUUUAAUAAGAAUUUUGCACUGACAAAAGGUAAAUCACAUGAUUUUUACUUUUGUUACGGCUGUAAAAUAUUGAUUACAUAAUGCCGGUGCUUUUGCUUCUGUCCAUUUGUUUAUUUAUGACUUAUAAAAUUAUUGGAAGCUUAAUCAUUUUAAAUUAAAUUGCCGUUAAGUCUUGAAACUGCAGUAGCCUUGAUAGGUGGGGAGGUUGAUAUUACUAGUUGGAGGGUUUAUGUAGGUUUUUAUUUAUAACAAGGAAAUUGCGAGAAUUUUGUCAGUUUGUAACCAUUUGAUUCAGUUAUUGU